AUUUAGGUCCAUAUAAGGUUUGUAAAGAGCCCGUGGCAAACGUUCCGUUUACAUAUUUAAGCUGUCGUUUACUUAAAUAAGACGUUAGUUAACAAACACUGUAACUGUUUUGUAGUGGAACAUACAAUGCUAUAUACGUGGAUCUGAACACUUUAUCUUAAAAACAACGCGGGUUAGCGGUUUUAUUUGAAACGAUUGCACUGUAUGAUUAAAAUAAGCGUGGCAUAAAAUAAAGUGAUCUAUUGAUUUCGUGGUAUAAUUCCAUCAAAGGAAUUUACAACGUGCUACGAGUAUAGUAAUAUUUUGAUUGUGUAUAAUGUUCCUUGAUUAAUACAAUCUGUGUGGAAACAUCCCGACCACCGAGUAAACAACUGCACAUUUGUUGUAACUGUGGAAAUAUUGAGCAUCUAAUGUUUUGUCGUCGGUUGGCAAGUAAUCUAGACACAAGUGUGGGAUUUCUGUAGAUAGAUUGGAGGCCAAGCAUACGCGAGUUAUUUAUACAGAAAAUCGAACGGAUUGAACGCAAUAUUUUCUGAUAUUUAUAUGAAAACUAAUUUACCAAAGAUACUACAAUUAUUUCUUGUGAUACGAUUAAGAUAACAGAUAUUAAGAAAAUACGUUCUAAUUUACAUUUGUUUGGCAGGCAUUUCAUGAAGGAAAACUGCGUUCAUUGCGGAUAGACUUCAACUGACUUUAUCUAACAGGGACUACUGAACAACUGUGUUUGGACUUCAUUUUAACUGUUAUUGAUCUUUUUUUCACAAUGGUUGCUGUUACAAGGAUCACAUUUUGUAUGAUUUUGUGUGCCAUUUCCGUGUCAGAGUGCGGUGCGAACAAUAUCAAAAUAAACGACGCCCCAGAAGAAGUGAAACUUGCAAAGAUUCAAGAAGAAAUGGAAGAGUUUUCACUUAAAACAACUGUGCACCACUUUGCUCGCCACGGUCUCUGCGCGCACAUUCAAGGCAAACUUAAAUUCUUCAAGGCAUUGCAGAAGCAUUUCACCGGAAUCUCAGAUCAUAUGAGGGUAAAUUUCAUCAUGGAUAUCUGUUCUCAUAAGGAUGAAAUGCUGGACCAAUGGGUCAAAGAAAUCUUCGACAUAGAUGGGGAUGGCUACAUCUCACAUUUCGAGAAGGGCUUGUAUGACCACAUCGACUGAGACGCAAGCAAGCAUGGUAACAUCGAUCACCUUGAUCCGCCCUGUUGAUCUUAUGAUUUAUAUUAUGGAUAACGAUUAAACAAAGUUCAAUUUCUAAGUGUAUAUGACAAAACACUGCUUUAAAAUUGAACUGUACACUUCUCGAUAAGUACGUAAAGUCAAGUUUGGAGCAGGAACAUCUCUCCAAAAAGACAUAUUUUAAUUGGGCGAACAACCACAUCGCAUACUGUAUUUGCUUGAAUAAGUAAUAUGCAUGCGUCUUAAUUUAAGGACAUUGUUAGAUGUAAUUUAUAGUAUUUUUGUUAUGUUCUCGUUGUAAGUGUUUGUAUUCUUAUUGUAAUUCUGUAAAUCACACGAAAUGUAUUGGUAGACGUAUAUUAACGAAUUGUGUCAUCGAAUAGGGACUAUUUAUUUCAGUUAUAUAAUAAUGUAACUAUAACAUGUAUACUAAUAUCACGAUCAAGCACACACUCGAAGAUCAUGUUUCCUUGAAUAUUUAUACUGCCGCUUGACCAUGUUUAUGUCCAUUUAUUAUCGUUACAUAGGGAGUUUAUUUCAAGUAAAGCAAAAGAUACAACCUUUUUGAAAAUAUAUUCGUUUGUUCAUUGUGUAUUUUUAAUGUUGUAUAUAUGUAAAUAUUUGCAUUUAACCAUUUGUAAACAUUGUUAAACAAAUAAUACGUUUCCACUUAAUCAAAUCAGUUAUAUGUGUUGUUUGAUGUGUUUAAGGAAACGUUUAAGACAAGAUGGAUGCUACACUAAUUGUUUUACACACAAUGCGAUGCAAUCAUAACAAUACAAUAAUAACAAUACAAUAAUAACAAUACGAUAAGUAUAAUAAUAUAAUAACAAUACACUUAUUGAUCUUCUGACAAUGUUUCUGGAGUCUCAUUAUUAUUUAGAUUGCUUCUUCUUUCAUAAUGGUUGUGAAACUAAUAGUAUUAGAUUUAGUGUUUCUGUGUUGCAUUCACAUUUAUUGGAAAUAGUCUUUAAUCGAUGCGGCAUUGUUUUUUAUUUUUUGUAAAAUGUUAUAUGUCCGGAUAUAUUGAUGUGGUUAUUGCAACAUAAUCACGAUGAUUUAUGAUUUAAUAGUAAUGUCUUAUAAAUCACAAGUGCGAUACGUACCUUUUAGCUAAAUUUUUUAGUAUGUGGUGUAAUUAAUAUAUAAAUUAAUUAAAACAUUUACUAUUUAAAUACAUUAAUCUUUGUUUUCUUAAAUUCGAUAGACGUGCAUAAAUCAUUGUCUUGAUUAUAAGGAAUUUAUUCUUGAUGACAGGCUUAUAUAUGUAUAACGGCUUAUUUGUAUGGCUAACAUUCCAGUGUCAUAGUUGAAGUGUUAUAAAGAUUAGCAUAUACACUUUAAAAUUUGAUACGCGCACAACACCAGUGGACCACAUAGACGACAUAGAAACCGUCUCAUUUUAAAACAUGGAAUACAUUUAUAUAUGGUCCAACUUUGUAAAUAUAUUUACACCUUAAUUGAAACUAAUGUUCAUUCCUGAUGUAGAUACAUAAUCAUGCAUUCCAAGAGAUAAAUGUUUCAGCGCAGUUAUUCUUUGAACGUCUUAUUGUGAAGAACAAAUUGAUUUACAGAGAUACAUCAUGAUAUACAGUCGGCUUCGUGAAAAUGCAAUGGACUAAUAAUCACAUAUGUAAUUAUGUUUAUUAGGAUUAUUUAUUAUUAGGAAAUCAGAAACAUGCGUUAAGGCAGGAGAUGGCAGUCCUGUAAAAUACGUUUGCAGUGUAACUCAAUUAAUAAAACACCAAUUAACCAGUUGCCACCUGUCAAUCAAAUUUUUUCGAUAACCCAAUCAGAUAUCGAUUUUUCACACACCCCUGAGCAGCGCAUAUCUGGCCGACAAACAAAGCGUGUCGUACAUAUGGAACGAGCGUAACUUUUAAGGGUUUACACAUAUUUUAUAUCAAAUGUAUGAUCUUUGCUGUUUGAAUAUAAUUUAAAAUUCCAGGUGUUAUACACACUGUAUAACAGGACAUUAUUUUACUUAUCUUUCUUGAAAAUAUGAACGAGUAAUACAAAAUAAAUAAAUAUGAGCACAUCAGUUGUGCGUUCUUUAAAACGUGUUAAACCGUUUGAUGCACACUAUUAUUAAGCAGUUUGGGCAACCUAAAUAUUGCCACACGUGUUUUUUUAAAUAAUCUCGCCGUUAUUGUUGCUAAUUAAUAAAUAAAAGAAUAUGUUCAUCUGAAUGUAGGAACAUUGAGGCAUUGUUAGGUACUGUACACAAGAAAAAAUGUUUAAUUACUUCCAAUAACAUAUUUAUUUUUUGUGGAUUAUAAACAACGGAAACAUUCAUAAAUUAUUAACUUAAAUAUUGAUUUUAACUUAGUAAAAAAAAAGCAAAAGGUGUAUUUAACGCGGCUUAUCCAGCUAUAGUGACUUCAUGUGUAAAGUCUACAAUACAUACUAAUGAUACGGGGAGAAAUGUGAACAUUGCAAUGAACAUAUACAGGUGAUCCAGUUAUAAACAAAUGCAUUCGAAUAUUUGUUAACAGCACUGGAAAACCAACAUUUCAUUUUUCGAGGGUGAACUGUAACUUGUUCGCAUUAGAAAAAAACAUGAUAUAAAAUGCAUAUCAGACUAUCUGUAAAUGAAACCACGAAAUUAGGCAUAUAUUGAUUUAUGGUUUAACUCAAAUUUGAUUUAUAUCUCAACGACGAGAAUCAGUGCAUUUUUAAAAAUAAUAUAAAACACCAGGGAUCUAUACAUUUUAAUAAACGGAAAAAACGCACUCACUCAUAAUGAUAUAGAUGCGUCAUUUGGAUCGGAUACUUAAUAUAUUCAUCAAAAUAAUUAUAUAUAAGGCCGUUUAAUACAAAUCCAAGAUUAUAAUAAAAUAAAUAUUCAUUUUUACAAGGGAUCUUUAUUCAGCUCCCUAUAAUAGUAUAUGAAACGUUUCUGAUAGUCAGUCUUUCGUUUACUCAUUUAUUUUGAUUACGCAAUUUCUCUCUACAGCAUAUAUGAUUGUAUUAAAGUUUUACAAAGCAGUUUAGUUUAUUUUCCGGCUUUAACAGUUUAUAUUGUAGAAAAUAGCCUGAUACAUAAUUACAAAAUAUACGAUUUCACCCGCCUAAUCCGCCAUAAUUGCGAUAUGCUUGUCGGAGUUUUCCAACCACUAUACCACGUGACUGUGUGGGCGGAGCGAUCGAUAAUUUGGCGACUUGUCAAUUAUAAUACAAUAUUGUGCAUUAUACGUAGGCCUUGUUGAGUGUAACAAUCAAAGCGAUGGAUAUCUUUUGCUUAUAUUGUUUUGAUACAUGUUUAGAUGUGCAAUGAAUAUAAACAGUACGAUAAAACAACAGCUUUUUCACAAUAUGUCCUUUUUAAAUGUAACAUUUUCAAUUGUUGCUUCAGAACAAUAAUUUACCAUUCAAAUUGUGACGUAGGUACUUUCUCAGUCAUAAAUCAAACGCCUCCGAUUCGUUCACCGAAAAGUAAUACUUAAAAUAAACCCUUUUAGAUGACACAAAUACAUUAUUAUAUUCAAUAUUUCAUGGUUAACAUCUGAUGACGAAAUUAUGUCUGUUUAUUUAUAUUUAUCGCGAAAGGUUUUGCGCGCAACUGUCACAUUCAAUAUAGACAUUUCAAAAUGAUUAACCGGUUGCACGUCAAGCAUGCUACCAACAAAGUCUUUUCUUCCUACAUGCUCUCUAAAUUACCUGAAUGUAAAUUAUGUUUGCAUCAAUGUACUAAGACAAACAAAAUUAUGCUGUAUUAUGUACAGAUGUAUCAGGGUUUAUUAAAAUAAAUAUUUUGCCUU